UUGGUGGUGGUGUGGACACAGCCUGCUUUGGAUCUGGGUUGGAUUGGUCCAUCUCCUGGAGAAUACUGCUCCUUCAGUUCCUGGAGUAGGCGUCCAUGCUGCUGUGGGUGUCCCUGCUGGUGCUCGCUCCAGUCAGUGGAAAAACUGCAACUGCUCCCAAGCCUGUGAUUUCCAUCUAUCCUCCAUGGAUCCCAGUCUUCCGAGGAGAGACAGUGCUUCUGACUUGUGAUGGACUUGGCUUCUAUGCACCAGGGAAAACAAAAUGGUACAGUAGGUACAGUGAGGCAGAAACCCCAGGAAAUACCCUCAAGGUUCGUACUUCUGGAGAGUACAGAUGCCAGACCCAGAACUCACCCCUCAGUAGCCCUGUGCGCUUGCAAUUUGAUUCAGGUUCCCUCCUCCUACAGGCCCCAUACUCUGUGUUUGAGGGUGACACGCUGGUUCUGAGAUGCCAGAAGCGGGGGACAAGGAAGCUGAUGGCUGUGAAAUACUUAUGGAAUGAAAACACUCUUUCGUAUUUUAAUGAAAGCUUGCACUUUUUGAUCGCACAAGCAAGUUCAAAUAACAGUGGCCGUUAUAGCUGCAUUGGCUAUGAAGACAAAAAAUAUCUACUUAAAUCGACUUACAAAAUUAUCAAAAUUAAAGAGCUCUUUCCACUUCCGGAGCUGAAAGCCACAACCUCCCAGCCAACCGAAGGGAAUCCUGUCAACCUGAGCUGUCAAACCCAGCUUCAUCCAGAGCGGUUGGCCACUCCGCUUCACUUCAUCUUUUUCAGAGAAAAUGGGGUCAUCCUGUCAAACUGGAGCAGGUCCUCGGAACUCCACAUGCCAAGUGUCUGGAGCAGUGACUCAGGAUGGUACUGGUGUGAGGCCGGAACAGCGAUGCUCAGUGUGCGCAAAUGCAGCCUCCCAAUACAGAUCCACGUGCAGAGAGUUCCUGUGUCUGGAGUGCUCAUGGAGACCCAGCCCCCGGGGGAGCAGGCAGUUGAAGGGGAGAAGUUGGUCCUUGUCUGUUCCGUGGCCGAGGGCACAGGAGACACCACAUUCUCCUGGCACAGGGAGAGCAUGAAGGAGAGAGUGGGGAGGACAUCUUGGCAUUCCCAGACAGCAGAGCUGCAGAUCCCUGUUAUCAGGGAGAGUGAUGCCGGGGGAUAUUACUGUACAGCUGAUAACGGCUUUGGCCCCAUCCAGAGUGAGGUCGUGAACAUCACUGUGAGAAGGACUCCAAGGAACAGAAGUGAACUUAUUGCUGCAGGAGUCACUGGGGGGCUGCUCAGCAUCCUUCUUCUGCCCACGGCUCUGCUGUUUUACUGCUGGCGCCAGAGGAAAUCAGGGACUUCCACAAGUGAAAGCCUGAACCCAGGAUCUAGUGCCCCGACUACCCGGCUCCCCACAGCAACUACUCCCAAGCCUGUGAUUUCCCUCAAUCCUCCAUGGAUCCCAGCCAUUGAAGGAGAGACAGUGCUGCUGACUUGCAAUGGAUUUGACUUACACUCACCAAGGAGAAUAACAUGGUACCAUGGGAACACUAACUGGACAACCACAGAAAACACCCUCAAGGUUCACACAGCUGGAGAGUACAGGUGCCAGAUCCAGGACUCAGCCUCUAGUUACCCUGUGCACUUGCAAUUUUCAUCAGCGCCACUAACCCUGCAGGCUCCGGUCUCUGUGUUUCAAGACGACUCUGUGGUUCUGAAAUGCCGAGCAAAGGAGAAUGUAGUACUGAAUAGUCUGAAAAUUUACAAGAAUACAAAAAUCCUGACAGUCCUUAAUAAUAGCCCAGAAUUCCACAUUCAUCAAGCAAGUCUGAAGGACAAUGGUGAAUAUUUUUGUAAAGGAGAUAAGGAAUCUAAUAAAUUUGUUUCUUCAAACUCAGUGAAAAUCGAAGUCGAAGUUUUUUUUCUCUUCUCAGGCCCCGUAUCUCAGCCUGUCCUCACCUUCAGUCCUUCUGGGGCCCAGGCUUUUGAGGGAGACACCAGGACAAUUUACUGUGAAGCCUAUAGAGGCUCUCCUCCCAUCCUGUACCAGUUUUAUCACCAAGAUGUCAUCCUGGGCAAGAGCUCUAAGCUGUAUGGAGGAAGAGCAUCCUUCAGCCUUUCUCUGACAAAAGAGCAUUCUGGGAAGUACUACUGCACUGCUGAAAAUGACUUUGGCGUCAAGCGCAGUGAGGCUGUGAGCCUCUUAGUUACUGUACCCGUGUCUCAGCCUGUUCUCACCCUCCAGUCUCCUGGGGCAAGAGUUCUUGAGGGAGAAGAGAUAACAUUUUACUGUAAAGCCCAGAGAGGUUCUCCGCGUAUUGUGUACAAGUUAUAUCAUGAGGGUGUCUUCCUGAGGAGCAGAUCUAACCCCUAUGGAGGAGGAGCGUUCUUCAAACACUCUCUGACUGCAGAGCAUUCUGGGAAGUACUACUGCACAGCUGAAAAUGGCUUUGGCCCCCAGCAAAGUGAGGCUGUGAGCCUCUUUGUCACUGUUCCAGUGUCUCACCCAGUCCUCACCAUCAGGGCUCCCAGGACCCAGACUGCGGUGGGGGACGUGGUGGAGCUUCACUGUGAGGCUCAGAGAGGCUCUCCCCCUAUCCUGUACUGCUUCUAUCAUGAGGAUGUCACCCUAGGGAACAUUUCAGUCCUCUCUAAAGGAGGAGCAUCCUUCAGCCUUUCUCUGACUGAAGAGCAUUCUGGGAGCUACCACUGCACAGCUGACAAUGGCCUGGGGACCCAGCACAGUUAUUCCGUGUCACUCAGUGUCAGAGUUCCAGUGUCUCGCCCUGUCCUUACUCUCUGGACUCCCAGGACCCAGACUGUGGUGGGAGACUUGGUGAAGCUUCACUGUGAGGCUCAGAAAGGCUCUCCCCCGAUCCUGUACUGGUUCUACCAUGAGGAUGUCACCCUAGGGAAUAUCUCAGUCCUCUCUGGAAGAGGAGCAUUUUUCAAUCUCUCUCUGACCACAGAACAUUCUGGAAAUUACUCCUGUGAGGCCAACAAUAGCCUGGGGGCUCAGCUUAGUCAUGUGGUGACACUUAAUGUCAAAGUUCCAGUGUCUUCCCCAGUCCUCACCGUCAGGGCUCCUGGGGCCCAGGCUGUGGUGGGGGACGUGGUGGAGCUUCACUGUGAGGCCUGGAGAGGCUCUCCCCCGAUCCUGUACCAGUUCUAUCAUGAGGAUGUCAUCCUGGGGAACAGCUCGGUCUGCUUCAGAGGAGGAGUGUCCUUCAACCUCUCUCUAACCAUCGAACAUUCUGGAAAUUACUCCUGUGAGGCCGACAAUGGCCUGGGGGCCCAACGCAGUGAGGCAGUAACACUCUCCAUCAGAGUGUUUACAGGAAGCAGAAGUGGCUCUGUGGCCACACAAGUCACCAGGGGGCUGCUCAGCAUGAUGGGCCUGGCUGCUGUGGCACUGCUGUUCUGUUACUGGCUCCUGAGAAAAGCAGGAAGAAAAUCCACCUCUGACCCCACCAGGAGUCCUUCUAACUCGGACCCCCAAGAGCCCACCUACCACAAUGUACCAGCCUGGAUAGAACUGCAGCCAAUGUACAGCAAUGUAAAUCUUAAAGGAGGAGAAGUGAUUUACUCGGAAGUCCGGAGCAGCCGAAAAGAAAAGACCUGUGCAGUGACCUCUGCACCAAGACUUCUCAAGGACCAGGACUCCUCUGUCAUCUACUCCCAGGUAAAGGUGUCAUCAACCCCGGCAUCCUCAGCUGCUCAUAGAUGAGUCCACACAUCUCUCCAACUGCUGCCUCAGCCUCUAACCCCCAACACCAUCUUUGGGGAGGAAAGGCACUGAAGUGGGAAGAUUUAAACUGCCCAAGGCUCCUUCCAGCAGCCUUGGUGUUGGGUUGCCCACACUCCCAGUCUGACUAAAAUUCAAAGCCUCUCUGGACUCCCACCUAUUUUCCAACUCACAGCUCUGCAGUUCUUUUGUCUACUGACACAUUGCUGUCAAACCAGGGCCCCACCAGGUCUCCUGGCUUUCUUAAUGGACUUUGGCUUUGGUCACUAUUCUCCUUCCCGCUCCCAUACACACCCAGCAUUCCUCAUGAAGAUGGCUCCUGAACUCCAACAUAGGAGUCCUGCUUUCAGUGGGUGGAUUUCUCAACUGCCAUCAGCCGGGUGGGGCUACUGAGGUGCUCUGCCAAGUAGGACAUCACAGGCCCACAGAGACACAUACACUGAACUUGUUAUGGGCCUCCCCAUAGUUGGACUGCAUUCAUGCUCCCCCAUCUGCUUGAAACUCUUCAGAUCAACAUUUAACACCAGGGUGAGAUCUCUCCUGCCCAUGUGCCUAUAUCUACCUGCCUGGGUAGGUGGCUCUCACACCCCAGGUCGCAGCUCCUGCCCAUCUUGCCAGAAAUAACUCAAAAAAAGUCAUUGCCAGGGGGACCAGGGAUGUAGAUGGGAAGCAUAUUGGAAUAUAGAAGGUCUCAAUUACUAUUGAUUGAUUGAAAGAAUAGAUGAAUGAGUGAAUGAGUAAGACAUUACAGGUAAUUAUAGGGCAUUCUUAACCUCGAACUGGAAUCUGAUCCAGUGGCCUUCCUAGGAAAUCCAAGAGGUACUCCUCUCUCCUCCAUAUGGAAGAAAUAAACUAAGAGAAGGAGUUUGGGCAAGGAAGGCUCUGUUCAGUAAUGUGGAGGUCUUCUCAGACUUGAAUAUAUUUAUGGAUCACCUAGCAUCUUGUUAAAAUGCAGAUUUUGAUUCAAGAGAUCUGAGUGGAUCCUGAGAUUCUGCAUUUCUGACAAACUCUCAGGUGAUGUUGAUGAUGCUGGUCCUCAGACCACACUGAGUAAGACGGUCUUAGUGGGUUUAGAAGAUUUGGGGCAAAGAAUUAUUUUACCCAAAGAAUUUGGUCUUUGUCCUAGCUUCCUAGGAGAUAACCUCUUGGAAUCUUGGAAUUUCCUGAGUUACUGGAGUAUUUUUGUUAUUCAUGGAGAGCUCCAGAACACACUUGGUAGCUAAUACUAAUAGGUGACUCAGGGUGUGAGUCUCAGAAGACCCACACUGUGAUCAGCCUGACCUCUGGGGUGGAAGGGGAGGUGAGCUCGAGAGAGAGUUCAACCAUGUGGGCAGUGAGUCAGGCAAUCAUGCCAACAUAAUAUCUCUCCUUUAUGCAGGUCCUGUUUUGUAUCCUCCAUAAUAAAUCAUAAGUAUAUAAUCGUAACACUUUCCUGAGUUCUUUAAAUUGUUGUAGAGAAUUAUCAAACCUGAGAGGGUAGUGGGAACCCCCUAAUUUUUAACCAGCAUGUCAGAAGUACAGGUGUUCUGGGGACCCUUGAGCUUUGGUUGGUGUCUGAAGUCUUGGGUAGACUUGGCAGUCUGGAGGACUAUUCCCUUUAACCUAUGAGAUCUGACCUAGUUCCAGGCAGUUAAGAUCAGAAGAACUGCAUUGCAGUUAGUGAAUUGAAUAGACUCGACGGCAACAGGUUUGGUAUGGUUUUUGGUUGAUAUAGAGAGAUACAAAGUAAGUAUUAUGAUGAUAUUUGCAAAGACCUGCAGAUAGAAAACCAAAAGGGAAGAACACAUUUGGCAUUUCUCAAGCUGAAAAAACUGAAGAAAA